AUCGCGGCUGGCACGACCCCAGGCACUGCCGGGGGCCGCGCUACGAGGACAUGCCGCUCUACAAGGAGCGCGGCUGCUACGUCUGCCACCAGCGCGUCCGCAUGCUGGAAGGAGUUCGACAGGCGCAGUGGCUCACCAAGACAAAGCUGGUGGAGGGCUUACCUCCACAGGUGCUGAGCAUCAUGGACAACCCUGCUCACCAGCUUGAGAACCAGGAGGAGAGGGUCAUGCACGCCAUCUCCCAUGCCCGGCUCUGGAACACGACAGAAGUUGCACCCAGGAGACAGUAUUACUGCCCUGUACUUUUUGAAGACUUGAUGCAUUUAUGUCGGUUAAUGUCUGCAAAGUAUCCUUCUCUGACGAAGAGAAUGUUGGCUAGAAACUACAAGAUAGCAGCUACGUGGGAAAGAGAAUCCAUUCUCCUUCAGGUCCGUGGCCUGAAUGGAAUGCUUAUGAACUCUGUGGCCCCAAUACCACCAGUAGCCUCCAAGGAGGAGAUACUGGCCACUGAAGAACACGUUCUGGAGACCUUCUAUCCCAUCUCUCCUACCAUUGAUCUUCAGGAAGUGAAUGUGUACAAAGAGCUCAACGACAUGGGUUUCAGAGAUGGUUAUCCAUACUCUCAUCCUCACACUCUGUUCUUCCUGGAGUCGGCCAACAUCCGUCCCGACAGGUUCAGACCAGAGCAGCUUCGUGCCAAAAUGCUGAUGUUUGCUUUUGGCAACGCGCUGGCCAAGGCGAAGGUGCUCUACGGGAACGAUCCCAAGGUUUUGGAGCAGCCAAUAGUGGUGCAAAGCGUUGGCACAGAUGGCCAGCUCUUCCAGUUCAUGGUGUUCCAGUUAAAUACAACAGACCUUGUCUCCAGCGAUGGCAUAAAAAAUCUAGUUUGGAUUGACUCUGAUCAGAAUCUGUAUGAAAAAGCCCAGUGUGUUCCAGAAAUCAAGAAGAGGGUCGUUACGAAGCCCGCUGGAAUAUAUGGCUUUCAGCCAGACACAUUCAAGAAGUUUCUGGCACUGUAUCUGCAUGGAACUGUGUGAAAUUCAGCUCAAAUGAACAUACUUCACCAACUGUACCUGCUGCUUCUCUUUGCCAGAACCGUCACAUAAUUAAAGAAAGGUGGAUUAAUUUACUGGAUUAAAAAAUAAAUUAUAUUGUUACUGAAAGUAAAAAAAAAUUUUUAAACU